AUGUGCGUCUACAAGAUCACGCCGAAGGCCGGCGGCGGCGCUCACGUCCUAAAUUCCCAGCAGAUCAACGAGCAUCCCUGGCCUCUCAGUGCACGGUUUGUGGCAAACGCUGGCUGGCAAGCCUCCGUGGCCUUUGGGCAGCACCUCCGUUCCCGGAGCGAGGAACAGGCAAAGCUCGGCUGGGCGGCCAAUGAGACGAACGCGCCGGCCUGGAUGCUAAAAGACAGGAGUGGCUGCGAUAUCGAGAAGCCGGACGAAAGCCUCCGGGAGCAAGUCUUGGCGAGGGCGGCCAACAGUUUGAACGGCUCAUGGCAGUCGGCUCCGAAGGAAGUGAAGAAGCUUGCAGAUGGGCAGGAUAUGAAGAUCUGGCAAAACAGCUCCGUUUGCAAAGGGCGCGAGGUGCCUCUGUUCACCGCCGAAUUCGUGGUGGCCGGUGCGGCGCCGCAGGAGGUCUUCAACGCCAUCGCAUCCAAGCAGCAGGAGGCCGGCUGGAAUCCGAACCUGAAGAAAGUGAACAUCACUGGCUUCACUCGCGGUGCGCGUGGGGUGCAUGAGGAGUUUUCCACUCCCAGCCUCUUGGGCUUGCGCCUCUCCCCGCGAGAGCUUUGGGAGUGGCAGGCGGCGAACCACACGCUGGGCAGCGAAGAGUAUGUGAUCGCCCUGAACUCCGAUUCGGAUCCUUUCUCGGCUGCCUUCGGAGACAAGGCCGUCGUCGCCACACAGUGCAUUGCGGGCUUUCAGGUUUCUCCAGAUGGAGCAGGAAAUGCGCGAGUCCGCAUGGCUCAACAUUUGAAUCCCAAUGCCGGAAUCGCGUCUCACUUCUCCAUCCUCUGGGAGCAGACGGCUCUGUCCAUGUUGGCCUCUUGGGCAGAGGAGGUGAGUGUAGAGGCACGCAAUCUCGUGGCUCAGCGCCAUUGCGGCAAAGGGAGCUGCGCUGUGACCGUCGAUGGAGGCGUUUUAGAGCUCCUCCGCCCAAGGCCGCUCCACAGGAAUUCCUCAGCGACGAUCGACUGGGUUCUCUCCUUGGCACCGAAGAUGCAGGCCUUGCGGCAACAUGUCCGCUCCGAUUCGGUGCCUCCCUGGCAGCGUGGCUUUGCAGCCUUAGACUUGCCGAAGGUGCUCAACGUCUCGGCCUGGCCAGACGGAGAAUUCGAGUCGCAGGCUGAGCAGGUUCUUGCCCUGUACCGCCUUGUGCAGCACAACGCCACCGAGGCAGAGAAUGCUACCUUUGCUGCUGGACGCGCGAAGGAUGCCCUGGUGGUGCAAAGCCAGGGGGAGGCCCUGGCGGGUCUCCAGUGGAGAUACAUGGAGGGCAUCGCGCAGGCAGACUGCGACUCGAACUUGCCAGACAUCAACGGGGACAAGGGCCAUCGAGCUCUACCUUUUUGGGCCUUGGUGGUCGCUGCCGUGGCGCUGUUGGCACUACUGGCCGCUGGCAUCAGCUGCUGCUGCGUCCGAUUUUGCCGACUCCGGCGAGAAAGGCGUGCACGGCAAGCAGCCUCGCUCUUGCUUUCCACCGCCUCGAUGUCGAGCGCGGCAGCGAGCGAAAGGGACCGGGGAUCAUUGCCAAAGCCGCUGCUGCGAGCUUCAGAGGCGAGCACGGCAUCCUCGAAUCAGAAUUUGGCGGCAAGGGUGACAUCAUCGUAUUGA